AUGCCUCCUCUCCUGGGUUCGGAAGCCACCUGUGCCGCAGGGAACACCUGCCACUUUUACCGCCGGCGAAUCGCCUGCUGCAGCUCGCAGGAGGAGGAGGCUUCGCGGAAGGAAGAAGAGUCGGGCUCGCAGCAACCAGCGGGGGGCGCCGAGGCUGGCGCACCCACGUCCGACGGGACCCGCAGGCCGGGCAGCCCGGCGGGCAGGGGUCGGCCCGAGGCCACUGCCUCGGCUACUCCGAGCAGGAGCCCUGGGCCCCGGAGGCGCCCGGCCUGGGCGGAGGGCGGCUCUCCUCGGACCUCGUGCAGCCUUCGAGGGGACCCCCUGCCGCGGAGUUUGGCCGGAAAAGAGGCGGAGAGCCCUCUCCGGAGCCCAGUGCGGGCCAAGUCCAGCCCGGUCCGGAGUGCAUCUGGAGGCAGAGAUGUGACGGGUGCCGCCGCUGCGGCAGCCCCAACAGCGCCCAAGGAGGCCCAGGUGUCGUCGGUAAGGGUGAUCAGCGCCUGCGGGACGGUCGCCGAGGAGAUCGAGGUGCUGGAAAUGGUGAGGGAGGACGAGGCGGACCCGGCGUCGCUGGGGCUCUCGGACGCGGAGCAACCGCCGCCCGCCGCUGAGCUGGAGUCCCCGGCCGAGGAGUGCAGCUGGGCCGGGCUCUUUUCCUUCCAGGAUCUGCGCGCGGUGCACCAGCAGCUGUGCUCGGUGAACUCGCAGCUGGAGCCAUGCCUGCCGGUAUUCCCAGAGGAGCCCUCGGGCAUGUGGACAGUGUUGUUCGGGGGCGCACCAGAGAUGACCGAGCAGGAGAUCGACACUCUGUGUUAUCAGCUCCAGGUCUACCUGGGCCACGGCCUGGACACCUGCGGCUGGAAGAUCCUCUCCCAGGUACUCUUCACCGAGACCGACGACCCGGAGGAGUACUACGAAAGCCUUAGCGAGCUGCGGCAGAAGGGCUAUGAAGAAGUGCUUCAGCGGGCCAGGAAGCGCAUCCAGGAGCUCUUGGAUAAGCACAAGAAUACAGAGAGCAUGGUAGAGCUUCUGGACUUGUAUCAGAUGGAGGAUGAAGCCUACAGCAGUCUUGCAGAAGCCACAACCGAACUCUAUCAGUAUUUACUACAGCCAUUCCGAGACAUGCGAGAACUUGCCAUGCUACGGAGACAGCAGAUCAAGAUUUCUAUGGAGAAUGAUUACCUGGGUCCCCGAAGAAUUGAAAGUCUACGAAAAGAAGAUGCUGAUUGGCAGCGGAAAGCUCAUAUGGCUGUACUGUCCAUUCAGGAUCUUACUGUCAAAUAUUUUGAAAUAACAGCUAAAGCUCAAAAGGCUGUGUAUGACCGAAUGCGAGCAGAUCAGAAGAAAUUUGGUAAAGCGUCAUGGGCAGCAGCUGCUGAACGCAUGGAAAAACUCCAGUAUGCGGUUUCUAAGGAGACUCUGCAGAUGAUGAGGGCUAAAGAGAUAUGUUUGGAACAGAGGAAACAUGCACUAAAAGAAGAGAUGCAGAGUUUGCAGGGUGGUACAGAAGCCAUAGCUAGAUUGGAUCAGUUAGAAGCCGAUUAUUAUGAUCUACAACUUCAGUUGUAUGAAGUGCAGUUUGAAAUCUUAAAGUGUGAAGAGUUACUAUUGACAGCACAACUGGAAAGCAUCAAAAGACUUAUAUCGGAAAAGAGAGAUGAAGUGGUAUACUACGACACUUAUGAAAGCAUGGAGGCCAUGCUGGAGAAGGAGGAGAUGGCAUCAUCUGUGCACUUACAGAGAGAAGAGCUACAGAAACUUCAGCAGAAAGCACGCCAGCUGGAGGCAAGACGUGGACGGGUUUCAGCCAAGAAAGCAUACCUCAGAAAUAAAAAGGAAAUUUGUAUUGCAAAACACAAUGAAAAAUUCCAACAGCGCCUUCGGAGUGAAGAUGAAUAUAGGACCCACCACACAGUACAACUAAAAAGAGAAAAAUUGCAUGAUGAAGAAGAAAGAAAAAGUGCCUGGGUUAGCCAAGAAAGACAGAGAACACUGGAUAGGCUUCGAACCUUUAAACAGAGGUACCCUGGUCAGGUGAUACUUAAAUCAACCAGACUGCGACUGGCUCAUGCAAGAAGAAGAAGUGCAGCCAGUCCUGUGCCCUGUGAAGGCCAGUGCGACUCUCUACAGGUAGGAGAGAAAAACGAGGAGGUGGAGGAAGGACGAGGCACACUCCGGUCACCCCAGGCACCAGAAGCCCAAAGCCUCACACAACUUGAAGAUAAGUCAUUAGCACAACUUGAAGCCACAUCAUUACCUCUCAGUGGUGUUACCUCUGAACUGCCUCCCACUGUAUCUCUUCCACUUUUAAAUAAUACUGACCUUAGGCCGGGUUGUGUUACAGUAGAUCCACUCCCACCGCCUCUCCCUCCAACGCCUCCCCCGCCACCUCCCCCUCCCCCACCACCACCACCUCUGCCUGUUGGCAAGGACAGCACCCCAGAGACACUGGAGAAAGAUCUGCCUAGAAUGGAGGGGACCGAGAAGAGGAUCCCAAAGUCAGCUAGCGCCCCCUCAGCACACCUCUUUGACAGCAGCCAGCUGGUCAGCGCCAGGAAGAAGCUCAAAAAGACUGCUGAAGGUUUGCAGAGGAGGAGAAUGAGCUCACCCAUGGAUGAGGUGCUAGCUUCCUUGAAGCGUGGUAGUUUUCAUCUGAAAAAGGUUGAACAGCGAACUCUGCCUCCUUUUCCUGAUGAAGAUGAUAGUAAUAAUAUCCUGGCACAGAUAAGGAAGGGAGUAAAAUUGAAGAAGGUACAGAAGGAAGUCUUGAGAGAAUCCUUCACGCUGCUGCCCGACACAGACCCACUAACACGGAGCAUCCAUGAAGCUCUUAGAAGAAUCAAAGAAGCAUCCCCUGAAUCAGAGGAUGAAGAGGAAGCUUUGCCUUGCACAGACUGGGAGAACUAACAGGUGACUCAACAGAAUGAAAAAAAUGCCUACAGUUGAACAUCGGCUUAUAUUCUUUUGGAGAGCAAAAUUUUAAACGUUUGGUUCCACAUUUGGAUUCCAUUAGAUUCAAAGUGUAUUGGCUCAGUGGUGUAAAAAAGGAAGCACAAUUGGCAAGUUAUCACUUUCCCAGUCAUUGCAAUACAUGGUGGUUAAUAUGAGUUUAGACGUGCAAUGUUCCUGACUGCUAUGAAGAAAAGGCCUUCUGAAGAUUCCUGUUUUAUAAGCACCUUCCCCACCUGUCCACCCAUUUACAUUUUCUUGCAGUGGCCAGUAAAGCUAGGGGUUGCUACAAGUUGGAAGAACACUGGGUUGACAGAUUUACUGUGAGCUGUACUGAGACUGCUUUGGUGAAAUCCAUCGUUCAGUGCACUGAAUAGUCAGUCAUCUGCUCAAAAUACAGAGCUUUUUCCAUGUCAGCUUAAAUAAAUAGUGUGACACUCUGAAAAAGAAGUUAAUCAUGAUAGCUGUAGGACAGGAGUUGGAAGAAAUCCGAUGGAAAUGCACUGAUAAUUCCCACAUUAAUAUCUCCAAAGGAAUUUUCAUAAAGAUGUUCAGCAACAUCUGAAAAAAUACAUUACCAUGGAGAUACACUUAUUACUGUGUUUACCACAAUGUGAUACACUUAACAUGGCAUAUUUUUAGAAGACCACACACUACAGUUUGUAAGGUUUCAAAGUAAAAAUGUCCAUGCUUUUAAAUAGCUCUUCAUAAUUGUGAAUUUAUAAUAGUUUGAAUUUUAUGUGCAGCUUUGUUUAUGGAAAGCAAUACUUUGUAAUUUGAUGUUUCAAAUUAUUUUUAGUCUUUUUGUUUGAACUAUUGCUUGAUUACUAUAACUCAACAUGACUUUCCUAUUGAGAAUCAAAAUUCAGGAUUCAGUAAUAGGGAUACAGGUAUUUUUAACAUGCACCAUUUAAGUUUUUAUUUUCAUGCUCCACAGUGCAAAAAAAAGUGCUCUACAGAUAUGCAGAAAGUGGACAGGAAGAAAAGCCUCUGGCUGGUGUUUCACUGUCUUCUCACGCUUUGAGUUAAAUUUUGGGAGAGAGCCUUUGUUAGUGUCACUAAGUUUUUAAACAUAGGUAUGUAACUCUAGUGUCGAUUUUGCUGUAAUGUCCUCAGGAAUGCAUCUAUCUGAAUGGAGCUGUUACGAAUUCUCAGCAGGACUGUUGUGGGUUUGAAUUAAGAUGGAUAUGUUGGACACAGUUUACAGUACUCUGGAGAGUGUAAUUCUGUGUAGGACAGGUCUUGACCUUUAUAUGAAUGGAGUUAAGGGCUGAAGUACCAAAAAGAACUUUAUUUCUUGUGAGGCAGUUCUCUGACCUAGACCCAGAAAGCAGUCCUUGGGUAGAAGCCCUCCAGUGUGCCCGAAUUGGUGUUCCUGAAGGAAAAAAGAAAUGCUUACGUUUGCCACUGGAAAAUGUUACUUCCUCUCAAAUAAUUUUCUGAAAAUUUUCUGGCAACAGGUUAUAUAAAAAAAACCUAAAAUCUGCUUAAAUGUUGGAAAUAUAUUUUUUGAUGAGACUGAGCAUUUUCAUAAUACACUGGUUUUAUUCUAGCAUUAUUCUCACACUUUGGGAAUAUUGGAAGUACAGAUCUAAUAUAAAGUUAAUCUUCACCCCCUAAUUACAGUGGGAGGGUUGUAGAUUUUUUUAACACCCCUUCAGCAAAGCAUUGAAACAUGCAUUUUAACCUAAAGAAUGACUGAUUUGAUUGACAUAUCUGAAAAAAAGUUUUAAAGGAGAUUUGUAAACCUUAAAAAAAUCAUGUAUCAAUUUUAUGCCUUUGGAUACUUGUUCAUAACACUUUUUUUUCGGUUUUAUUUAUUGAUAUUUACAAAAAUACAGGAAGAUGUAGUGUCAUCACAGCAGAAGCACUGGAACUUGAAUAUAUCGAGAGGGAAUUGCUCUUAGUGUUAACAGCUGGGGUUCCAUUAAAAGACAACACUCACUUUAUAAUCUGUUUUCCCAAGCCAUGUUGUACUGUUUCUAGCAGAUAACGCAGGGUGCUGAGACCCCUGCGCACCCUCGAGGAGUGUGUCCGCUGCAGUCAGCACACCCUCUGUAGUGCUCUGCAAGCUGUCUUACACCUGAAGGUGAGGAGCAGCCAGCUGUGCUCGUGCUCUGGUUAAAUAACUUUCUCCAACACAUCCACUUCCCUUCCUCCAGAUUCAGGUUCCGCCUCCUGCAAAUCACGUUACUAGAGGCCAUCAACCUCUGGAGUUCUCACAGAUAAUAAACUCCAGUCCAUUUCUCCAGUUGAUUCCUCAUUUUAAUUAAUAGGCAAUUUCAGAACCCAACGAAAAUUAUAUAAGCACAGUUUCCUUUUUUUCCUUUCCCCUAAUAAAAUGAGCAUCUUUGCCCUUAGUAUAAAAUUUGUAUAUAGUUAUGAUGGUACUUAUAUAUGAUCAUGUUUCCAAUUCCAAACUUACCUGUACUAUUUAUGUGGUUUAAAAUAUUUGACUGUUAAUGUAUCAUUUUGUAUCACGAAUCCACAAACAGCUGCUUGCUUAUGCUGAAUCAGUUUAGAAGUUAAUUUACCAAUCUAGUCUCAACUGCAGUAUACUUAAAAUAGGGAAGCAAGUAGAUGAUGGCUUGGAUGUUUGGAAGUUAGUUACUGCUCACUUGAAUGUCAAUUUAAAUAUUUCCUCUACUAAUAUGACUAAAAUUAUGUAUGUAUAACCAACGUGGCAUGUAUAGAAAAGGUAUUCCUAAUGAUUUAAAAUCUUAAUGGUACUGUAGUGUAGCAGUAUGAGGAAAUACCUGGCUAAAGAAGAUUCUUAAAAGAUGAGAAUUGCUCACUUAAUGUAUAUUUUAUAGGCUUAUUGAGUUCGUAAGCAGCAUAAAAACAAUCAUUCCUUGGUUCUUCAUUGUGGAAUGAGAUGUUUCUAUAAAAUUCAUUUUUAAAUGGACUGUUAGACACAGCUGUAACAGUUUAUCAGGUAUAGUAUUUCCACAGUGGGAAUAUGGGGCUUUUUCAUUACAUGAACCUAUUAAAAUUUUAAAAUUCUGUAUAAAGAGGGGAUAGGGCGGGGGGAACCUUGUUUCUCCAAAGCUGAACUGUGUAGCAGUAUUUGCUAACAUAUGGCAUGACCUCUUUAUGCUAUAAAAUGUGUUAAACCGUAAAGCAUAUUUUGGCCAUAGCAGACACUAAGAAUUAAAACUCUUGUAUCAGUGGGACAAAAAUUAGUGGGCAGAACCCUCUCUGGAAUGGGACCAGUAUACAAUUAAUACUGUUUAACUUUAUACAUUCCCUAAAACUCCAUUUUUAAAUUGCAAUUGUUGCAUGUAUGUAUAAGGAAAAUUUUUCUUUCACUAAAUAUAAUCUUUUUAAAAAAACGCUUUUAAUUUAAUUAUUAUUUACUUAAUACUCAGAAUCAGAUACCAACUUAAAGUGCUCAUGGGUCCUGAUCAGGGAGUUGAAAUUUUAUAUACUUUACCAGGUUAUUUGCAAAGUCUUUUUGAGCAGCUGUGAAACAUUUAAAACUCACGGCAUAUGCAUUGUUAACAUGCAUCUGUUUGAUAGUGAAAGCAGAAACUUUAAGUUUUACCUAAUUCUUGCACUGAAUUUAAAUAAUCUAAAGGUAAAUGUGCAUUUUAAACAAAUUUUACUUCCCAUUUAUUGCUUAGCAUAGAAGGACAUCUAUGCCUAAUGCUAGAGGAUUGACCACAAGAUUGAUAUCAGAUGGAAGAGAGGUAAGAACAUAGAAGCACCUUACUAUUGGAGCAUGUUGCAUUUAGUGCUACUGAACAAUUCAGUAGUUAUUUCUGAACUUUGCUGCAAAGUGCUCUUUAUUUAAAGCACAUAAAGUCUCUGCUUAAUUGCUUUGUAAAAUGAAGCAGUAGCAUUUUUUUAUCCUAUAAGUAUAGUCUAAUUUAAGUUUUUCCUACAAAAUGAGUUUAUAUUGCUGCCUAAACUCAUCUAUAUAAACAGGAUUUUUAAAGGUGAGAGGGAGUCUGGAUUCUGUGUGUGUGUGUGUGUGUUUUAAAUGUUUGCCAGGUGAAUUAUUUCAAAGAUCUGUUCAUUCUGAAAUUUUCUGUUUUACCAACAGUAAAUGUACCACUUGUAUUUGAAGAAUUUAAUUGACUGAAUUCCAGAUUCAUAAAUGUCUCUCCCCUUCUCCAAACACAUUUAUUAAGUCACUGUAAGGUGCAUGUACAGAAAAUACUCUGAGGUUGCCAUAUUCAAUAUUUCAUCAAUGUUCUCUCACACCAAAUUUCAAAGCAGUCAUUUGUUUUAAGGGUUAGGGGAAAGUUUUUUUGGAGGGAGGGGUCAGGUAUGACUAAGAGAGGCUCAAAUUGAUGAGUUAAGGAAAGUCCGUGGAAAGUGAUUUUCAGAUGUAUACAAAGGUAUGGGUGUUGGGUAGAGUUCAAUUUUAACAAGGGAAGUUUGGGGUUUUUUAACUUGAAUGUUCUAUGGUUAACUGUCAAAGAGUGCAGCAAGUUACUCUAGCUUCUCCUAGUACUAAUUACAUUGGUUUUAAGAAUUCUCCAUAAUCACAAGACGACACUUUCCAUUCAUUUGUGAACCAAGAGGGGUAGACAAUACAACCCAUGCAGUGACUUCUGACUUGGACAGAAUCCCCACUGUUUUAUUGAAUUUCUUACUGUACUGUAUGUCUUGCCAUGUGUGAAACCAUAAUAUAUAUUAUAGUUUAUGAAAAAUCGAAGGCUACAGAUCCUUUUGCAUGAAUAAAAGUCCAUUAGGGCUGAUGAAACUGACAUGUUUUUUAGCCUUUCUGGUUAAAUGAAAAUUUUAAUGGCAAACCAAUUUACUAGCUUUGUGCAAUAUUAUAAUGGUAGAAGUGAAACACUAGCACAUUGUGCUUGGCUUUUCAGGAUGGCUUUAAAACCUGUUACACUAAAUGGACAGUGUGCAGUGAAGUGUAUUGUAAAUGGCAGCUCUUGCAAAUUUACAGUACUUAAAUAUGCUCAAUUAACAUUCUGAAGUAUUAAAAGUACAAAGAAAAAAAACUAAGCAAGCAUUUAGAGCAAUACUCUGAAAUCUCCAAUAAUUGUUUUGACUGUUGCCUUUUGCUCUUUAGUGCAACUUUUCUGCAUUGUAAUUAUUGUAUUGCUUUGUAUUUCAUGUUUUUUACACCCAUGACUACAGAGUUAAGUACUUGUACACCAAGUAUUGCAAUCACCUUUCUCUUCUUGUACAUGCAAUGUAACAACAUACAAUUUUGGUGCUUAACAAUAUUCCUUCUUUUCUUUAAUAAAAGAUAUUUAUUGAGUUAA